AUGGCGUCCUCAGAAACACAGCAGGAAAAAACUCCACUAACGGGUGAAAAAGCACACGAAGAACCUUCAGUAACCAGGGAUUCCAGUUUAAUUCAACAAAUUUCACACUUUAUUGGUAUAGCGGACACAUUAGAGGAGAAAAUUAACUGGGAUGCAAAAAGACUCCGGCACAUCGAAAACCGGUACAAGGUAAUAGUGGAUGAAGUCAACAAAUAUGCCGCCCGCCAUCGAUCCAUUGAAGCUGAAACUCCACUCUCCUUCAAUGAAGAAGAUGCUGAAAAAGGAACUAGGGCAUUGCCCACGUGGGCUUCAAUUAAAAGAGCAUUUGGACAACCAAAAACUUCUGUUGGAAACUAUCAGAUAUUAUAUGAUACCUUGCCUCAACCACAACGAGAAUCCAUCCCGUCAGCUAUAUUUAAUUCAUUUUCGAAUUUAUUGAAAAAAGGCACACCAGUCAGCAAAAAACGCGUGAACUUUCAAAAAUCUUUUGCCGCGAAAUGCAAACUCCGUUCCAUUAUGGUUGCAUACGCCGUAAAUACAAUAGAGCAUCCAGAUGAAGCUUCACUACAACCGGAAACAGAUUCUAUGGAGUCUACUGCCAGUGUUCAACAUUCUGCCAUCGAAAACUCAACAAGCUCCUCCGAGAACUUUGAUCAACUCGAUGAUUCCGUUGACUUCAAAACAGAAGGUUUAUACGACCCUAUGCCAAGUCUUCGUUCACUUCGUUCACUUCGUUUACCUGACUUCAGCACAGAAUUUUUUUUCGACUUUAAAAAACACAAUUCCUGUUCUCCAGACAAUGUACAACCUGAAGAGCUCGCCCCCUCGAAAAUUACACCGUUCCCAAUCAAGCAUUGCGCCCGGGAAGAGCUUACUAGAAAAUUCGCCCGUAAAGUUCACGACAAAAUAAAACGAGUCAAGGCGAACUUAUGGAGCAAAACAGAUCAAUUUUUGGCCAUGGGGGUUGACGAGCGUCCAUGGUUCACCUACUGGAUCUCCACUGUUCAAACAUUCGUCUGCAUUCUCAGCCUCUUGUUCUACGGAUUCGCGCCUUUUGCUCUUGAAAUGAGAGAAGCUAGGGGUGACGUCAUGGACAUAACUUUGUCAAGUCGACGAGUCGCAUACUUGGAGCAGUCGAAUCCUUGGUUUGGGCCACACUACGCGGAUCUUAUCCGGCUUGGCGCAGUCUACUCGCCUUGUAUGCGACGGGAGCUUGAAAUGUGGAAAGCUAUUGAAGAAGACAGACGCAUCGAAAAUAAGACAGGAUGCUGUAUUACUAAUGAUCGAAGUGGAUGCUAUCAGAGUAGCGAAUCGAUUUGUCCGCGCACCAUGGCUAGAUGGAUUCGAUGGGACAAACCUCUGACAGCGGCGUCAAAGAAGAACUUUCUCACCCAUGAAUCUAAAACCAUCUGGACCCAACCUAGGAAAUCCGGUGCAGUCUGCGGCCAAGAUCCUUCCUAUUGCCGACUCCCACUCUCAGUGGCACCCUACGAAUGGCCAGACGACAGCACACAAUGGCCGAUAUGCCGGGAGAAUCACAAUGGCCCUGGGCUCCCCGAGCACUUGACCUGUCAGAUUACAGGCCGCCCAUGUUGCAUUCAGUUUCAGGGUCUCUGUCGGAUAGCUACCAAAGAAUAUUGUGAUUUUGUUCAAGGGAUUUGGCAUGAGAAUGCGACGCUUUGCAGUCAAGUCAACUGUUUCUUGGGUAUCUGUGGUAUGAUUCCCUUCUUUUCCGGUGACAAUCCUAAUCAAAUCUAUCGGCUAUUCACGUCACUUUUCAUUCACGCUGGAGUCAUCCACCUGGCACUCUCAAUGGCUUUUCAAAUGUAUUUUAUGGCAUACCAGGAAAACCUGAUAGGUUCUAAAAGAAUGGCGAUUUUAUAUUUUGCAAGUGGAAUUAGCGGGAACCUGGCUUCUGCCAUAUUCGUACCGUAUUAUCCAACUGUUGGGCCUUCCAGUGCACAGUGUGGGGUUUUCUCCUCGGUUGUUGUCGAACUUUGGCAUUUUAGACAUCUUCUAGAUCCAUUCGAGUUGAAAUUCCAGUCGAUAGCCCAUUUAAUCGUGACACUACUCGUCUUAUGCAUCGGUUUGAUUCCAUGGAUCGACAACUGGUCGCACCUUUUUGGAACAAUUUUUGGGUUGAUAACUUCUAUAAUAGUCUACCCAUAUAUGGAUUUCGGGGAUAAGGAUUACGACCCUCUUCUUCAGUACAUUUCAAGUACCGUACCUAAAUCACCCCUGGUCCAACGUGGCUCAAUGAGCACAAUAAUAAAUAUCGCGGACAUGAGGACUGCUCAGGGAUACGGUCAAUGGGCAAAUGCAUUCCCUUAUCGUGGAGAUCAAGGCAGGACGCCUGUAUUCACGGCUCAAGUGAUCUGGAAAUUUCUACGCAAAAAAUUCAACAAUAAGCGAUCGUUCUACGUGUUCAUCUCGGCAAUUGUGUUCUCCAUCUUGCUCUCCAUCCUACUCGUGGUUUUCUUUGGAAAUGUGAAAAUCGACUGUCCAUGGUGCACUCAUUUCAAUUGUCUACCCGUAUUUCAGUGCCAUAAUCUAGGUCUAAAGCUCAAAAAGUGGCUCCCAAUUUGA